AGGACUGAUUUGCGACAGUAUCACAAGCAUACGGUCAUAACAAUUUACGGUAAAGCUUGUUAUUAGCUUGGAAGAGACAGAGACAGUCAGCUGUCGGAAGGCGAUGCGCUUUGGUCUGCCCAGUGCAGAGACCCUGCGAGCUGGAUCCCUAAAGGCUUUUAUUUUGGUGAGUGGACGGCUCUGCUCAGCGUGUUUAUGCUCCAGUUGCUGAGGACUGUGGGACUAAGAGCGUUCUCCAUGGCCUCUGAGACCUACACAGCGGGCACACACUCUGCCGCCUUUGUCACCUGUCCUAAUGAGACCGUUGCAAAAGAUUUGGCGAGAGGUAUUGUGGAGAGGAAACUAGCAGCUUGUGUCAACAUUGUUCCAGCAAUUAAGUCAAUAUACGAGUGGCAGGGUAAUAUAGAGGAGGAUAACGAGGUUCUUUUGAUGAUCAAAACAAGAAGUUCUAAGGUGCCUUCUCUGGCUGAAUAUGUCCGCUCUAACCAUCCAUACGAGGUGGCUGAGGUCAUCAGCCUGCCCAUUGAGCAGGGCAAUCCGCCGUAUCUAAAGUGGAUAGGAGAUGUUGUGCCUGAAUAGGGGGAUGGAUGAGUAGGGGAAAUAAAAGGAAUUGAUGGGUGACUGUACAAAUGAAUCUGAAAUAAUGUGAACACACAUCCAGUGUUGCAGCCGGUUACACGAUGUUGGAAAUUUCGAUUCGGCGUCUGCAAAUGUUGUUAACUGCAAAAAGACAAAUAAAAUGGCCUUUGUUGUAUUUUUCUAACUAAAAUAAAGCUGUUUGCUUUGUCGGAGUCA